UUGAUGGUUGAGGAUGUCGACCUGGACGAACCCAAGGCCGGUGAGGUGCUGGUGAAGAUUGGCGCCGCCGGCGUUUGCCGCAGCGACCGGCACUUUAUGCAUGGUGAUGCCAACAUCGCCUUGCCUGCGGUGCUGGGUCACGAGGGAGCGGGCACCGUCGAGAAGGUGGGGCCCGGCGUUACCCUGACCAAGCCCGGCGAUCAGGUAAUUCUGUCCUUUGUUCCGGCAUGUGGCAGGUGCAAGUCCUGCCUGGAAGGCAACUCCAACCUGUGCGAUCUGCACAUGGCCACGGGCCCCUUUAUGCUGGACGGCACUACCCGCCUCCACAAGGGCGGCAAGGAUAUUCACCACAUGGGCAAG